AUGGUGGUGGCGGCGGUCCUCGCCUUCGUCAUGUGGAAGCUUGUCGGAUUCUCGUCACAUGGAAGCUUGUCAGAUUCUCGUCACAUGGAAGGUUGUCGGAUUCUCGUCGCAUGGAAGCAUGUCGGAUUCUCGUCACAUGGAAGCUUGUCGGAUUCUCGUCACAUGGAAGCUUGUCGGAUUCUCGUCACAUGGAAGCUUGUCAAACUCUUUGUACGGUACCAACAGUUAUGUGUGGUAUCUAACACGAGACGUCCAUCGGUCCAGCGUAACAUAUAUCAAGAAAAUCUGGAAAAAGACUCUAAAGGAGGCAGAAGUGUGGAAAUAUACGAUGCAGUGGGUCUUGCCACACUUGAUACUAUGCUACAAUGUGCUUUUUCCUACGAUGGGAACGUCCAGAAACAGGGGAAACCUUGGUUGCAAUGGUACUGGGUUUUCAGGUUAACAUCGGAGGGAAGGAAAUUCGCUCGUCUUGUAAAUUACGUUCACGAAUUCGCAGAAAGUCUCAUCUCUCGAAGAAGAAAGGAAUUGGAAAAUGACCCUACCCUUUUAGAGAAGAGGAAUUUAGACUUCCUAGACAUUCUCUUGGCAGCUAAAGAUGAACAUGGAGUGGGGUUACUGGACCUGGAGAUCCGUCAUGAGUGUGAUACUUUCUUGUUUGAAGGCCACGAUACGACGUCAUCAGGUCUAAGCUGGGCCAUUUUCUGCUUGGCCCGCUACCCAGACUACCAACAAAUGGUUUUCGAGGAAGUAAAUGAGGUCAUGGGGGAUAGAGCUGAAGUGGAGUGGGGUGACCUCCCAAAAACACCAAAGCUAACCAUGUUCCUUAAGGAAGUUCUGAGAAUGUAUUCGCCAGUUACAGGGGUUUCCCGCGGACUCACUAAACCUGUGGAAAUAGACGGAGUUGUAUAUCCAGCUGACACACAGAUUAGCGUCAGUAUAGGAGGCAUGCACUGCCAUCCUGAGGUCUGGACAGAUCACAAAACAUUUAAGCCAGAGAGGUUCCUAGAGGAAAAUUCUCACGAAAGAGAUCCGUUCAGCUUUGUUCCAUUUGCAGCUGGACCGAGAAAUUGCAUUGGCCAGAACUUUGCAAUGAAUGAAAUGAAGGUGAUCAUUUCAAGGGUCGUACGAAGAUUCAAGGUUGUGUUUGACCCAACCCAUGAAGCAAUCCCGUUCGUAAAACUGAUUCUAAAGGCGGAACAUGGAAUAAAAGUUUAUCUGGAGGACCGAUGA